AUAUAUAGUAGAACUUUACAGCGUAUCACGGUCAUAAUUGAUUAAGACUAGGGCUCGCGAAUACCCCCCCGCCCAGACGCGAGCCCUCUUUCGUUUCGCCGCCUGCUGCCGCUGCCCGCCCGCUGCUCGCCGUGCGUCGUCGACGGAUACGCUUCCUACUCCUUCAUCUUCCUCCACCGCCUCCGCUUCUUCUUCCUCUUCCUCCUCUUCUUCCUUCGCUGCCCCUUCCCCUUCCCCUUCCUCUUCGAGUCACCGGUACGUACCGGUGAUUUCUAUAUCAUGUUUUUGCCACAUGAUUAAAGGUUUUUUAGUUGACCCGGACAAGAAUGAAAAAUCUGCAAAAAUGUUAUGAAAAAUGAGACAGUUUCUGGAAAACAACUGUCUCAACGUAUUUCUGAUUAUGAGAAGAAGCAAGAAUUGUUCUCUGUUUUCACUGUUGAGAACAAGUCUCAAAGAGCUGGUUUAUGAGAACACAGCCAAACGAGGCCUAUGGCUCUCCGCCUCAAGUCUUGUACAUGAAGAUCUCCGUCUCCACCCUCGAAUACUUUCAAAUUUCUGCAUAAAUACUCGAUCUUUCAGCAUUCCUGUAAAGCGAUUUGAUCGUGCUAGCAAUUGCCGAGGCCUUGGUCAUCAUGACUUUCCAGAAGUUAGAGUAUCGAAUCGAUUUCUCUGCUCAUCAGAGGCCGGUAGUGGAGAAUUACCCAGGUGCUGGAACUGUGGUGGAGCUGCAGUAUCGCCUGGACCAUUCUUGGCUUGUGGAUUGUGUGGAAGCGUGCAGCCUGUGGACCAAUCAAUUGACUUCUUCCAGAUAUUUGGGCUGGAAAGAAAAUAUGAAAUAAAGGAUGGUAAUCUAGAAGGGAAGUAUAAAGAUUGGCAAAAGAAAUUGCAUCCUGACCUAGUGCAUUCAAAAUCUGAGAAGGAAAAGAUGUUUGCGGCUGAACAGUCUGCUCGAGUAAUUGAUGCAUAUCGGACUCUAAGCAAACCCCUGCUGAGGGCAAUAUACCUGUUGAAACUGGAGGGUGUACAUGUUGAUGAAGAGAAAACAAUCACAGAUCCAGAUCUGCUUGCUGAGAUGAUGGACAUCCGAGAAGCUGUCGAAGAGGCAAAUGAUUCUCAUUCACUGAAUCAGAUACAGACUCAGGUAGAAGAAAAAUUUGAGAAAUGCUCAAGAUCAUUUGAGCAAGCAUUCAAAAUUCAUGACUUUGACAAUGCUAUAGCUGCAAUCGAACGAAUGAGAUAUCAUGACCGUGCCCUUGAAGAGAUCACAAAGAAACUUUGAUCCGGCUUGCUGAUGACACACAAAAUGAGUUCUCUUGAAAUCUUGAUCAGCAGCUACCAAUCGAGGUGAAUGCCAAUGCCGGCGUAGCUGGCACCUCAAUUAGCAUAUUUGCAUCUUUUCGGGGCAUUUUUCAGAUGGUUAUAAUCAAUAAGUUCAUCUGAAUGAACUAAUUUUGAUAUAUUGCCGUUUUAGAAUUUAUAUCUAUCUGUAACAAUUUUUUUUGUAAGGUUAUUUUUUUUGUUAUACGAGUAAUAGGAAAUAAUAAUUUAUAUGUGUAAAGUUACUACAUUUAUAUCGAUCUUUUCUACUUCUCAA